GGCCCACGGCACUACUCCUAGUUAAUAAAUUUCAGUGGAUUCAGGAAGGAAGAAGGUUCGAGCCUUGACUCUUGAGGUUUCACUUUCACACACGGAGAAGAAGAUUGGAUGCAUUGCCCAAGGCCAAGAAUCUCUUUAGCUGAUGAAAAUAUGGUUCCGCUAGGGUUUUUUCUAGGCCUUUUGUUUCUCUUCCACUCUCUACUCCAUGUCGGAGCUUCGAUCCAUGAGUACAGGAACGAGGCUUUUGCUUCUCAGUCCAAUUCCUUCUUCUUCCAUGGAGGUAGUGAGGGUCUUUACGCUUCCAAGGUUCACGACAAAGCCACUUCUGAAGAUAAACCCUACAACGGCAAGUCCUUCAUUCGGUUCGAGUCUGUCGUCUUCCGGAGGACAAAGGAGUCAACUGCUAAACAGAAUGAUAUGCAGCAAAAGACAGGAUUGGUGGAAGCUAUAAUAGUUGAAAUCAAAGACAGGGAGAGGAUCGGAGGAUCUUAUCUAAAUUCUGAUUCAAUUUGUUGCAGCCCAGAGCUUGCUAAGGAUGGGUCUUGCACAGUGGGGGAAGUAAUUAUCCACAAAAAUCCAGAAAACCCCGGUUGGCCAAGACGCAUUCAGACCUUCUUUAAUGGAAAAGAAGAAGAAGCUAAAAUGGAUAUUGAAACUGUUGAAAUAAACAGUACUGGUAUGUAUUAUCUGUAUUUUAUGUUUUGUGAUCCACAACUGAAGGGAACACUAAUUAAAGGAAGAACAGUCUGGAGAAACCCAGAAGGUUAUCUACCAGGAAAGAUGGCACCAUUAAUGACAUUCUUCGGCUUCAUGUCUUUAGCAUAUCUAGUACUUGGUCUCAUCUGGUUUCUCCAGUUUGUCCGGUUUUGGAAAGAUAUAUUACAGUUGCACUACCACAUCACAGCAGUGAUUGCUCUAGGGAUGUGUGAAAUGGCUUUCUGGUAUUUUGAGUAUGCAAAUUUCAAUUCUACUGGGAGCAGACCUAUGGGCAUCACCCUAUGGGCAGUAACCUUUACUGCUGUCAAGAAAACUGUAUCUCGCCUCCUGCUUUUGGUAGUCUCAAUGGGCUAUGGUGUGGUGCGUCCAACCCUAGGUGGAAUAACCUCAAAAGUACUCCUCCUUGGCUUGAUAUAUUUUGUUGCUUCUGAGGCACUUGAGCUUGUGGAACACUUGGGAAACAUCAAUGAUUUUUCUGGAAAGGCAAAGCUGUUUCUGGUUCUUCCUGUUGCUCUCUUGGAUGCCUGCUUUAUUCUCUGGACCUUCUCAUCAUUGUCUAAAACUCUAGAAAAGCUUCAGGUGCGGAGAAGCUUGGCUAAACUUGAGCUUUACCGAAAAUUUACCAAUUCCCUUGCAGUCUCUGUGCUGCUCUCUAUUGUUUGGAUCGGCUAUGAGCUGUACUUCAAUGCAACUGACCCAUUAAGUGAGCUUUGGCAAAGAGCUUGGAUCAUCCCAGCUUUCUGGACUCUUCUUGCUUACUUUCUUCUGGCAGUGAUAUGUGUCCUUUGGGCUCCUUCACACAAUCCAACCAGAUAUGCCUACUCUGAGGAGACUGGUGAUGACCUGGAUGAAGAGAGCUUAUCGCUAGUGAGCAGCGGGGUAAAGGUGGCUGGAGAUAUGGCAACCAAAGUAGAGAGAAAGGAAAGGAAGGCAUCCACUGCGGUAGAUCAUCAUGUGUUUGGGCUUGGAGAAGAUCCAGAGGAGGACAAGCGAGAAUGAGUUAUCCUAUGUUCAAUUCUUGAUUGCUUGUCCAGUUAUCCAGGAAUUCUCUUCCAAGGAAACGCUGGUAUGUUCUGGUAUUCUACAUUUUACCACUUGUGUGAUAUGUACAAAGGACUAGAGAAAAGCAAACAAUAAUGUAUCAUAAAAGUACAAUAGUUGGAUGAGUAAAUAGAGCAGGGAAACGUUCCCUUCUGUGAUCUCACCCACCGCCCAAAAGCAGGGGGAAAAUCAUGAUUCCCCCUUAUGGAAGAAGAGAGUUGUUUUGGAUCUUAUCUGACAGUGUAAAUGGUUUUCAUGAAGGUAUUCUGUUCUUUUA